AUGAUAGCAACCGGUGGAGUGAUAACUGGCCUGGCUGCCUUGAAAAGGCAAGACUCUGCCAGAUCACAACAUCACGUCAACCUCAGCCCAUCACCUACUGCCCAAGAGAAGAAACCAGUCAGGCGUCGGCCACAGGCCGAUGUCGUAGUCGUUCGAGGCAAAAUCCGGCUUUAUUCCCCAUCUGGUUUUUUUCUCAUUCUGGGAGUGCUUAUCUCCAUUGUAGGAAUCGCAAUGGCGGUCCUCGGCUAUUGGCCCCAGAAAGAACAUUUUAUUGAUGCUGAGACGACACUGUCGACUAACGAAACUCAGGUCAUUCGGAACCAAGGCGGCGUGGUGGUUCGCUUCUUUGAGCAACAUUUGCAUUCUGACAAAAUGAAAAUGCUCGGCCCUUUCACAAUGGGGAUUGGCAUCUUCAUUUUCAUUUGUGCAAAUGCCAUUCUUCAUGAGAACCGUGACAAAGAAACCAAAAUCAUACACAUGAGGGAUAUCUAUUCCACAGUCAUCGACAUCCACACGCUAAGAAUCAAGGAGCAAAAGCAUAUGAAUGGUAUCUACACUGGUUUGAUGGGAGAAACAGAAGUAAAACAGAAUGGGAGCUCCUGUGCCUCGAGGCUGGCAGCAAAUACCAUUGCCCCUUUCUCAGGUUUUAGGAGCAGUUUUCGCAUGGACAGCUCUGUCGAGGAGGAUGAGCUGGCGCUAAACGAAAAUAAGAGUUUGGGGCAUCUUAUGCCACCUUUGCUUGCUGACAGCUCUCUGUCUGUCUUUGGCCUCUAUCCACCUCCUUCCAAAACCACUGAUGAUAAGACCAGCGGCCCUAAGAAAUGUGAAACCAAAUCAAUUGUGUCAUCGUCCAUCAGCGCUUUUACAUUGCCUGUGAUCAAACUGAAUAACUGUGUUAUUGAUGAGCCCAGUAUAGAUAACAUCACCGAGGACGCUGAGAACCUCAAAAGUAGGUCAAGGAAUUUGUCGAUGGAUUCCCUUGUGGUCCCUUUGCCCAACGCCAAUGAGUCCUUCCAGCCAGUCAGCAUGGUGCUCCCCAGGAAUCAUUCCAUCGGGGAGUCUCUGUCGAGCCAGUACAAGUCCUCUGUGGCCCUUGGGCCUGGGGCUGGACAGCUCUUAUCUCCUGGGGCUGCUAGAAGACAAUUUGGGUCCAACACAUCUUUACAUUUGCUCUCGUCACAUUCAAAAUCCUUAGACUUAGACCGGGGUCCUUCCACCCUAACUGUCCAGGCAGAACAACGAAAACACCCAAGUUGGCCUCGGUUGGAUCGGAGCAACAGCAAAGGAUAUAUGAAACUAGAGAAUAAAGAGGACCCGAUGGAGAGGCUGCUUGUACCCCAAGCUGCAAUCAAAAAAGACUUUACCAAUAAGGAGAAGCUUCUUAUGAUUUCAAGGUCUCACAAUAAUUUGAGUUUUGAACAUGAUGAGUUUUUGAGUAACAACCUAAAGCGGGGAACUUCUGAAACGAGAUUUUAA